UUCAGUGAACUUUCUUCUGAGUAUCCUUAUGUAGGGAAGAUGUAAUUUGUAAUCAAUUUACACAGUUUGCUUUGAUUUAAGAUAAGAAAUUUGCUCUUUUUAUAAUUUUAGCUGAAUGAAGAGCUGGUAAAUGUAGAAAUGGAUAUUUGGGGAAAUCAGUUUUCUGGUUUUUGUUGUUCUCCCUUUAAAUCCUAUCCCAUUUUGUAAGAUUCCUGGGAUUGUAGUCAUAAUUGUCAAUUAUUUGGUAGCCAGUGACUCGUCACUGACUUGGCUGCAAAACAUUUGGUAAUGAUAAUUUCUUCAUCUGUCCUAACACGUAAUCAACAUGUUAGCUAUAACUGUUGUGUAAAUCUGUGUUUAGCAAAUCAAUGGGAGUGAUGAACGGAAUGCUUGGGAACGAACCAUUUCCAUCAGAUGGCAAUCUGAAGUUAUAUCGUUGUGAUGUCUGUGGGAGAAGUUUUGCACCAGAUGUUCUGGAAAGGCACGGGCCAAUAUGCAAAAGACUUUUCAACAAAAAACGUAAGCCUUUCAAUUCCUUGAAGCAAAGAUUACAGGGCACUGACAUUUUCAUGGUCAGAAGGUCUCCCCAAACCAAGGUGCCAACUGUGAAGAAAUCUAAUUGGAGACAACAACACGAAGACUUUAUUAAUGCAAUUCGAUCAGCCAAGCAGUGUACCAUAGCCAUUAAAGAAGGUCGCCCUCUUCCUCCUCCACCCCCUCCAAGUAUCAACCCAGAUUAUAUUCAGUGUCCUUACUGCAAUAGAAGAUUUAAUGAGACUGCAGCAGAGAGACAUAUUAAUUUCUGCAAGGAUCAGGCAUCCCGCCGGGUCUUUAAUCCUGCCCAGAAAGCAGCCAAAUUGGCAUCCAGGGCUCAGAACAAAGCUCAAGUGAAUUCCAAAAAGGAACCAACUGUAACAAGUGCUGUGGGAACAUUGCUUCAGAACAGGACAAUGGACUCUUCAAAAGAUCGCUCUGCCAAAGCAGCAUCCAAUGUGGCUGAGCAACUGCUGACAGCAGCAAGACCAGUGGGUUUACCUCCUGGGAGGACAGAAAUGAGCAGCUCUUCUUCCAAUCUCACAUUCAUAAGCUGUGGGGAAGUUGUGAAAAUUCCAUCUCAAAAAAUACAUGCAAAACUAUCCCCUUUUCCCCCAAGAGUGGGUAGUCUUGUCUAGACCUCAUUCUGGAGGCAGGAAACCAUUAAUUGUCCUCACACAUUGCUACACCUCCCCUCCUUAUCAACUGUAAUCACCUGGGGAUAGGGACAGCCCUUAUAUUCUCCUCAAGACCUAGCAUAGAUUAUGGGGCACAGUAGAUGGUGAAUAUGAUUUAAUGAAUUAAAGAGCAGUGAUGUGGG